CUUCAGUUGCUAUACGUACCUCCUCGAAAGUAAAUGUAUUCAACGCGGGAGGACUGAUUUCCCAGUUUGGAAAAAUCGCGCAGGGACUCUUGGCGGUUAUACUCCCCGGAGAAGGGAGACUGCGUUUACCGCCAGGCCUAAUCUGCUGUCGGCAUGGACUGUAACUGCGUCUCUGAUCUGCUGCUCACCUCCCCAGUCCCAGCUCUCUGGACUCCAGGGUUUGCCUUCCCUGAUUGGGCCUACAAGCCGGAAUCCAGUCCCGGCUCCCGGCAGAUCCAGCUGUGGCAUUUCAUCCUGGAGCUUCUGCAGAAAGAGGAGUACCAGAACGUCAUCGCUUGGCAGGGGGAUUAUGGGGAGUUUGUCAUCAAGGAUCCCGACGAGGUGGCCCGGCUGUGGGGCAUUCGCAAAUGCAAGCCCCACAUGAACUACGACAAGCUGAGCAGAGCUCUGAGGUAUUACUACAACAAGCGGAUCUUGCACAAGACCAAAGGGAAACGCUUCACCUACAAGUUCAACUUCAGUAAAGUCGUUUUGGUCAACUAUCCUCUCUUGGACAUGGCCGCCAACUCGCCAUUUCUGCUGGCCCAGAACCCGUUCAACGGGAGCAGCCCCGGGGCCGACUGUCCGCCACUAACCCCCGAGACCCUACAAAGCCUCUUCACCAGCCCGCGCCUGGGGGACCCUGCCACCCGCAGCCCGCUCUUCGAACGCCAAUCAGAGACGGAAAAGUUGCGCCUAGAUGCAGCCUUCCCUUUCCUGGGAUCUGGUGUCUCUGGCUACACAAAACCCCCUGGUCUGCUCCCCCCCUAUGGCAGGAACACCGCUUUCCCCGAUUACCCCUGGAGUUUCAACCCUUACCUUUCCAGCACCUUCUCCCUAAACAGCUCCAAACUUCCAGCUUCCCUCUAUCCCCCCCACUUCUACCACAACCCGCUGUCUGCGUCCCUGGCCCAGCUUCCCACACCCCUCUCCCUCCUGCCUGGGGAUAGCUCCGAACUGGCUGCGGCCGUGGGCGCUGCCACCCUCCCUCGUCUGUCCCUGCCUUCCCACAUGUAAGCGCGACUCUGCCCUAGCGUGUAUUAUUGGAUACUGUAGCGGGGCAAGCCUUCGAGAAGAAGGAGAUCCCUGGGGGGGCAGGUCAUAGGGCGGGAAGACCUACUUCCGGGGGCCGAGGGCCCAAAGAGGACCCCGGCUCCGAUUCAGAGCUGGAGAUCACCGAUCUGAGCGAAUGCAGUUCAGAGAACGAAGGCUGUGACUUCAGCCCCGAUGGCUUGGACACGCUAGAGAAUCCCGUGCAGACCUACAAGCGGCUGGAGGCUGACCGGACAGCAGGAGCCACGCAAAGCCCAUCGGAGGGGGUCAGCCGGGCUCCUGCCAAGGAGGGGAAGGGGCUGCUAAGCAGCUGAAUCCCCCCAACCUCCCAUAGCCCCACUGUGAGUCCUCCACCCUCAGUACCCAGAUUGAGACAAAAUCCAACACCCCAGCGAUCCCUCCCUCCUGCAUUUGAUGUCUCUAUUUUUAUAGGAAAAUUUUAUUCAUGCUAAAUCUAAUGCCCUGAAGGCAUCCCUCUAAUGGCUCUCCCCCUUCCUUCUCAUAGGGCUGGAAAAAAACUCAUCCCCAUAAACGUAAAGUGUUUUCACACACACUGAAUAAAGCCCUUUCAGCACACACAGCAACUGAUUUACUGUGUGAAGUGACCAAGUCCACUUGCAAACAAGCUUUUCUGCAUUUUCAUACACCUUGUUUGUAAAUUCCUUCCCCCCCAUUUCUACAGGUGUUUUGCUCCCCCUUAGAGAUUCAGCAUCACACAGGUUUACAUCCGGCUUAAAACCCUGCCGUUUAAAUCUGCAGGGAGAUACGCUGGAUUUAAAUCUGUGUAAUAUCGAAUAGUCCACUAGAGGGAGCAAAACAUGCAGAACUGGGGGGGGGGGGUGUCCAAAAGUGAGGAAAAUUAGAAUGCGGGGAAAACCCAAGGAUUGGGAAAGUGCGUUGCAGGUGGGAUGAAAGUGCAUUAUUCAGAACGUGUCAAAGCGCCUUGAGUGUCACCCUCCACCCAUUUCAUCUCCUAUAUCCAAAGAUUUAUGAACUUUGAUCGGUGCACAAACUUUUCCCACAGGCAACCAUAGGGGCCCACAGCAAGCAAAGUCACACGGACAAGUAGAAGAAUUUAAGGGAGAGGGUUGCCCCUUCUUGCCGCUCAAACCCCUUUCCCCACCAUCUCUCAUGGUUCUGCCUGCCAUAACAGCUCCUUAACCGUUCAAGUACCCCACACCUUAGGGAAUCUUCCCCCUUCCAUCCCAGUUUUUGAUGCUCAAGUUUCUAGUCCUCUUGUCUGGGAAGCCAACCACAAUUUCUCAUCCCUGCUGUCACAAGACUGCUUGGCAGUGGUGUACCUAGGCAAACUGGUGCCCUGGGCAAAACCUGGGUUUGAUGCCCCCCAUGAGCAGAGCAGCCCGGCCGCAGCACUCACCCUUCCCGCACGGCCCUAGAAGCCCAAGUUCACCGGAGGCGGAGCUCCCCGUCCUCCUGCUCUGCCUCUGGUGGCUUGUGGGCGGGGCUUAGCCAGAGCGGGCAGGGCUUAGAAAUCAGGCCGCCCCCACGCGACUUUAAAUUUCUGCGCCUUGGGCAACUGCCCACUUUGCCCAAUGGGCGGUACGCCACUGCUGCUUGGGUGUGUGCGCAUGGUGGUGGGGAGAUAACCCAAGUGCCCUUCCUUUAAAAAAAAAGUACCUUUUGCAGCACAAUUUGUGCAAGAGAAUCAGCCAGCGAAUGGCGCUUUGAUGGGUCAACGCCAUCCAUUGUUCGAUUACCAUGCGGCUAAGACCACCUAAAGUUGCCACAGGCUCGGAGCCAGUGAGAGAAUGCGCCUCCAAACCUCUUCAAACUCCACCUCCAAAAUUUCCAGAUUUCCCAAUGGGAGCUGGCAACCUACCUGAAGCUAUUCUGCCCACUACAUUUUGAGGGUUACACCUCUCUCAAGUGUGAACACAGCAGAUCCACACAGGUAUGCUCACCUGGGACCCAGGAACAGCCGCGGCCCAGUCCCUAGAGAUACCUUCCAAGCAUAGAAUUCCGCAGCUGUGUUUUAGUUCGUAAUGCAGACUUCAAAUUAUAAAACUGGGAUGUGCCACACCCCGAAAUCCAGUCCUACACGUCAUCCCCUUUUCCAAGGUGACUCCAUCCUGGGGAAAAAGAAGUCAAGUUAACCCUUUUAUUCCCCCAUCCCCUAUUUUUCAAAGUGCAAUAUUGUCUUGUCAUGCUCUGGUGUGACCCUCUUAUGUAAAAGAAAAAAAAAACCCACCCCCCACCCUCUCCAAAACAAAGUUUUUGCCCCAUCACUGUGCUUGUGUCUUCGUGUUUUAAAGAAGAAGAAAAAUGUAUUUGUGUGGUUGAUAUGAAGAAAAUGUUUAACCCCCCCACUCCCCCGAUGGUUUUUUUGUUUUGUUUUUUGUUAAUACUGUAUUAAUUUAUGGAGUGUAAAGAACGACAACACAAACAAUGGAAAAAAAUUUAAGCUGGCAGGCUAGCCGGCUUCUAAAGCAAUAAAGUAUCUAUUCGGCUUUUGCGCCUCAA